GUGAUAUACUUUUUAUUCUAGAAGUCAACGUCAAAUAUCGUAGCUUUUAAUCAGAAUCAUUCGACUUGAACUGUUUAGCUUUUGAUUGCAACCGCUUCAUUAUGAAUAUACUAAAAGGUUUGACAAAAAUCAAGUCGAGUUUUGCCCGUUUUAUUGAGACGACUAACAACUUCAUGUGGGUACAUCGUAAUGAAAAGUUUGCUGAUAGACGAUUAGUUAUUGAGCAAUUAACAGAUCGAGAGUUGGUUCGAGUACAUGGAGAAGAGGUUGUGCCCUUCUUGCAGGGACUCAUAACAAAUGAUAUGGCUCAUCUGCAGUCGGACAGUACACCUCUUCCUAAAACCCCCGCAAUGUACACGAUGUUUUUAAACAAGGCCGGCCGCGUGCUCUAUGAUUCAAUUAUAUAUCGCACUCCAGAGCCCAAUACAUAUCUGAUUGAGUGUGACAAGUAUAUAUCCAACGAAUUGCGUCGACAUUUGCGACUCUAUCGUGUACGGCGAAAUAUUCAAAUUGAUGCUGUCGGAGAAGAAUACCGACCAUGGAUUGUUUUCAAUCCCGUUGGCAGCGUCGUUCGAAUGGACACCAGUGUUCAGGUGGGGCAAGAGGUCAUAUCUACACCAGAUCCGCGAGUACGUGACCUUGGUACGCGCGUCAUAACAAAGUCAGAUAAAACUUGGAAGGACUUAGCUAAUAUGUUUUCUAAAACUGGAGAUGUUACGGUAGCAAAGCCAACUAAUGACUGCAACUACCGUAUGCAUCGGUAUCGUUAUGGCGUUGGUGAAGGUGUUCAGGAUCUUCCCCCUGGCAAAAGCUUCCCGUUAGAAGCCAAUUGUGAUUAUUUGCAUGGUGUUAGCUUUCACAAAGGGUGCUACAUUGGGCAAGAAUUGACGGCUCGUGUUCAUCACACAGGAGUAGUGCGAAAGCGAAUAAUGCCUUUACGUUUAUCCGGGCCAGCUCCACAAGCAUCAUUGACUAUUUCCACGGAGGCUGGGGCUAACGUCGGUGUAAUUCGUAGUGCUAAUUUCGAUAGGGCCCUAGGAUUAGUUCGAGUAGAACAAGCUUUAAAUUCACCUAAACUUUUUGUGGAUGGCAAAGUAUGUUAUGUAGAAAAGCCGUACUGGUGGCCCUCUGAGUUACCUAAAAAGACUCGUGUAGAGGGUUGUUAGGACUGAGAAUGAUGUAUACUACAUACGCUUAUAUUUUUACGACUGUUAAUUAGUUUAGUAGCCGUUGGCUGUUUUUUGUCGGCUUGUAUUUAUGUUAAGAUCCUUAUAAUCCAAAAUUUAUGUUGUAUUAAUAAAUAGGCUUAUGUUUUCGGA